AGCAUAAUGUUACGGUUCAGAAAGAUGCUGGUUCUGCUGUUUAUGCUGACAUCAACUCUGGUGGUAGUCGCGGUGGAAAAUACUAGUUCAGAUGCUAAAUUACAAGCAAAUUCUAAGCGAAUUGCUGGAAACGAAUUCCAACACGUCUUCAAUGCUUUUGACAAAUCUCAAGGACUGCCCAAAAUACAUCUUAAUCGAGUCUUUGAUGAUCCCACUGCGACACCAGGGCAGUUCCCAUGGAUGGCUUUCCUCGUUUCUGACAUGGGUCAAGAUUUUAGCGGAACGUUAAUAUCGGAUCAGUGGAUUCUCACUUCUGCAUUUUACUGCUCAUUGUAUAACGUGAGCUUAAUAAUUUUGGGUGUCAUCGACUAUACCUACAUAAUUGAUUAUCCAACGAUAAUAGACAAUUAUAAUUACACUUGCCAUGAGCACGAGCUAUACAAGCCAUAUGAUAUGAGUAAUGAGCACAACAUAGCUCUGAUCAAGAUGCUACAACCGGUCACUUUUACAGUUAAUAUUAUGCCCAUACAACUUCCUUCUGUAAAUGAUGCCACGAAGGAUUUUACAAAUGUUCCUAUGACAGUUGGUGGAUUUAUGCCACUGAGCAAUUGUUAUGAUUAUGAGAAAGCCCGCUCUACAACAAACCUCUCUCUGAAUUUCGAAGAAUUGCAGGGGGUUAGCUACACUAAGUGCUCUGCAACGCUCAGUGCAGAAUAUGGGAUUACUUUGCCUGAAUCCGCAAUCUGCACAGGCAACACCAGCCUUGGACUCUGUGGUAAUGAUCAAGGCGCUUCUUUAUUCUACAAGGACCAAAAUGGAUCUUGGGUUAUUGCAGGCAUUCUCGCAUAUAAUCGCUAUCAGUAUUGCUACGACGUCAAUCCGACAGUCUUUAUCAGAGUUAGCUCAAAUCUUGAUUGGAUAUCUACGAUAACUGGAAUGGGACUAUCAACUAGCACACCAAUAGUAACCACUGGAAAGACCUCAACUACCUCAAGUACUACUAAACCAACCUCUAGCUCUACUGGAAAAACCACCUCGUCCACUAAAUCUCCAAGCACGACGACCACUAAACCUUCAAGCACGAAGACCGCCACAAAGACAACCACCAAAACGACCACCAAGACCACAACCAAGACCACCACAAAAACCACCCCGAAAACUUCAACAACUAAGAAAUCUAGCAGCACCACCAAAAAAGCUUCUGGAUAAAAUUUACUUUGAUAUCAUGCUCAGACAUCUGUUUAUGUUUGAAAUACGAUCUAUAUCUACUGGCAAAAUUGCCAUUUUAGCAAAAAGGAGUAUUUAAAUUUUCUCAUAUGUAUUGCGUAGCAUCAGUUUAGGAAAUGGGUCGUAGAAAAUGUCGAAAAAUGAUCAAAUUGUCAAUUUUCAAUAAUUUCUGUUUGGAUUGUAUUAAAAUUUGAGAAAAAAAUCAAAAGUAGUGCUUACGUUUAUUCAGCUGGAA